UCAAGUAGGUCAGUUUGUUUUGGGGGCGUACGUGUGUUAAACGACAGGUUAACUCAGAAAUUGAACAGAUUAAGAUAAUUUCUGGCGGCUUCUUGCUCACUGCUGACGUUUCUAGUCCCCAACAGCGAUGUCGACUGGUAACUUCCACCAGACCGCAUUUUUACACUCAAACAUAGCCACAGCCGCUGGGUUGUGUCUGUUGGCUGUAGUUGUGGCACUACUGCUAAAGGUUGCGUGUGUUGUUCAGCGGAAACUCAGAGUGUUGAGGGCGCUGAAGAAGGACUUCCCAACCCCGCCAGGGGCACACUGGCUCCUGGGACACCUGGUCUUUUUCGCAAAGGGUGAACGGGAAUUCGAAAGGAUUUUUCUAGAAUUUGCAAUCCGAUAUCCACACGUGUGCAUCUACAUGAAUGGUCCGCUAGAUAGUUCACUGUCGGUUCAUCACCCGGACUACAUUAAGGCGGUACUACAACGGCCAGAUAAGAAGGAUGAACGAGUUUACGGCCUACUACGACCCUGGCUCGGGGACGGCCUUCUGACCACCAGCGGUGCAAAGUGGUUCCGGAACCGUCGACUCCUCACGCCGGGGUUCCACUUCGAGGUGCUGAGACCGUACGUCAAGCUGUUUUCGGACAGUACAAAUGUCAUGCUGGAAAACUGGGAAGAGUCUGGGGCUGGCACCUCCAUAGAUGUGUUUCAACACGUCAGCCUGAUGACUUUGGACAGUAUGCUGAAGUGUGCUCUCAGUCAGGACACCGGCUGUCAGAAAAGGAAGACGUUCAAUAGCUACAUCUCUGUAGUUCAUGAGCUUUCUGCGCUGGUCAUGUCCAGAGCCAAGGGUUUGAUGGCUUUUGUGAGUGACUUCAUCUACUACAACUCAGCAUCCGGCAAAAGGUAUAAGAAAGCAUGCAAGGAGGUUCAUCAAUUUUCCGAAAAGAUAAUUCAGUAACGGAAAAAAGCUCUUGACAAUCUGUCCAGCACUGAGACAACUCGGCGACAAAAAUAUCUGGAUUUUCUCGACAUAUUACUGAUGGCAAAGGAUGAAGAUGGUAACGGCCUGACUGAUGCCGAGAUUCGUGACGAGGUGGACACCUUCAUGUUUAAGGGACACGACACCACAGCCAGCGGGCUGGCCUGGACCCUGUACUGUAGUUUAAAUGUACCCACCCCUGUAUCAUGUUCAGGAUGAAGACGGUAACGGCCUGACUGAUGCUGAGAUCCGUGACGAGGUGGACACCUUCAUGUUUGAGGGACACGACACCACAGCCAGCGGGCUGGCCUGGACCCUGUACUGUCUGGCAC